UCGUCGUGUCCUGAGCGUUAGCCUAAAAACUGUUAGCUGUCUGCUGUAUUCUGAUGUACCCACUGGAAUAUCAGGAGAAGAAAGAAGAAUACCGCGCACUUCGACAACAGGAACCAGCCUCACAGAAAGACAGGACUCGAUAGACAAAGACAGCAAUACAGAACAACAGUUCAGCCUCACUUCUAGCACUAUGCCCAUCUGACAUACAGCUGACGGCCGGGUGGACUUUGCUGCAACUGAGGAUGAUGAAUGAUCUCCUGCGCUAGAGCUAGUGGGUGUGGGAAUGAUGGACCUCCCUAAUGGCCAAUUAAGCAUCACCACCACUGCUGCAACAGUCUCUGAGAAGAGCAGCAGCUCAGAAUCUCUCAGUGAUAAGGGUUCUUCAGAGCUGAAGAAGAGUUUUGAUGCUGUCGUGUUUGAUGUGCUUAAGGUCACUCCUGAAGAAUAUGCAGGCCAGAUUACGCUCAUGGACGCUCCUGUGUUCAAAGCCAUCCAGCCAGAGGAGCUUUCAAGCUGUGGCUGGAACAAGAAGGAGAAACACAGCUCUGCUCCAAAUGUCGUGGCCUUCACUCGCAGGUUCAACCAGACGAGUUUUUGGGUGGUGAGAGAGAUCCUCCAUGCGCAGACGUUGAAGAUCAGAGCGGAGGUGCUGAGUCUUUACAUUCGCACUGCCAAGAAACUGUGUGACAUGAACAACCUCCAUGCGGUCAUGGCUGUCGUGUCAGGGUUGCAAAGUGCUCCCAUCUUCAGGCUUACUAAAACAUGGGCGUUACUGAGUCGGAAGGACAAGGCAACGUUUGAUCGACUCGACUACCUGAUGUCCAAAGAAGACAACUAUAAACGUCUGAGAGACUACAUAAGCAGCCAGAGCAUGGUCUCUUGUAUACCAUACCUAGGGAUGUACCUGUCUGACCUGACCUACAUAGACUCAGCCUACCCCUCCACAGGCAGCAUACUGGAGAACGAACAGAGAUCAAACCUGAUGAACAACAUUCUCAGAAUCAUAUCGGACCUGCAGAGAUCCUGUACUUACGAUAUACCAGUGUUGCCUCAUGUACAGAAGUAUCUCAACUCAGUCAGGUAUAUCGAGGAGCUGCAGAAGUUUGUGGAGGAUGACAAUUACAAGUUGUCACAGAAGAUUGAGCCAGGCACCAGCACACCACGAGCAAACGCCUCCAAAGAAGACCUUGUCGGCCAGGAAGCGUCAGCAUCUCCUCUUUGUGGCCGUAAAUGUGCGGUAGCAAAUGAAGGACCAAAAGUCCCGGCCACACCGCCCUCCCCUAGAAACCUGCUGCCCUACGGACACAGGAAGUGCCACAGCCUGGGCUACAAUUUUAUCCACAAGAUGAAUACGGUAGAGUUUAAAAGUGCUACGUUCCCCAAUGCCGGUUCUCGCCAUCUGUUGGACGACAGUGUGAUGGAGAGCCACAGUCCCACCAGGGGACAAGCAGAGAGCUCCACUUUGUCCAGCGGCAUUUCACUCGGGAGCAGUGAGGGCUCAGAGCUCAGUGAAGAGGUGUCUUGGCCAGCUUUUGAGAGGACUCGGUUCUAUCACUCUUUGGGCCCAGUGACCCGAGUGGCCCGCAUCCCCUACAGAGGAGUCCUGAGGCCCAGCAGCUCUGUGGAGUCGGAGGAGCUUGCAGUCCACUUGUAUCCCGGAGCAGUCACAGUGCAGGGGGUGCUGAGACGAAAGACUGUGCUCAAGGAAGGCAAGAAACCAACUGUGGCAUCUUGGACCAAAUACUGGGUCGCUCUUUGUGGAACCCAGCUCUACUACUACCCUGCCAAGUCCCUGAAGGCCACUGAGAGAAAACAUUUCAAGUCAACGUCCAGUAAGACUGUGUGUGUGGUGGGUCUAAUGGCCAUGAUGGCUGACGAUCCAGAGCAUCCUGAUGUCUUCUUGCUGACUGACUCAGAGCAUGGUAACACCUACAAGUACCAAGCAGGGAACAGAAUGAACGCAUUGCUCUGGUUCAAACACCUGAGUGCUGCCUGUCAGAGCAAUAGGCAACAGGUGCCAGCCAAUCUGAUGUCGUUUGAGUGACCGAUGACGGGGAGUGCGAAUGAGCAAAGGAGAGAGGGAUGAGGAAACAGACGAGGAGGAUGAGGAGGAGUAUUGACUCAGUAGUGGGAGCUUUCACUGCCAUGAGCCCUGCCCGCCAAUUCUCCGAUUCUAGCCCCGGCCUCACUGCAGCCUCACCUGCCACCACUGCCUUAACCAGAGUACCCUGUGUGCGUGUGCGUGUGCUUGUAUAUGUGUGAGCGAAUGUGAGUGUGUGGGUGUGGAUGGAAGUGACUGUUUUGGAUGUAUUUACUACUGAACAAGGACCUGGACCACUGCUCUUGUCUCCCAUUUGCUCUCAGUGUCUUUUGUUUUUACUGCAAGUGUUCAGCACUUCAGUGGAGCCAUUCGACUUCUCCUCUCCUCUCUCACAAACAGACUGUCCUCGGAUGGACAGAAAUAAUCCUCCCCUUUGGUUUUCUUAAGGGGGUUUAGGUAUUUUUAGCCGUGUCCCCACUAUGCUCGAAUGCAAGAUUCUCACCUUUUAUUCGGCUGGACACAAAGUCACAACACACUCACACUCACAUUGGACUAACCCGUUGGACUUUGGAGGGUUUGGAAAAACACUUUUUUUACUUAUUCGGUUCACACUUUCAAUUGUUACUCUUUUCAUUCACUUGAGUUGUCAUGGAGUCACAGGAUUAUUUACAUAAACCACGUACUCACUCUCUCUCUCUCUCUCUCUCUCUCUCUCUCUCUCUCUCACUCUCACCCACACACACACACACAGGCCUAUUUGAUUGCAUCGUUGUAAACCUAAGGGCUCUGAUUCGCAAUCGAUUCCAGCAGAAACAAUUCCCACACUUCCUGAAUGGUUCUAAUUUUUAUUACAGAGCUUAGCCC